CGUCUAGAUACGGGCUGGGCCCCAACGGUGGAAUAGUGACCUCCCUCAACCUCUUUGCCACGAGGUUUGAUCAGGUGAUGAAGUUCAUUGAGAAACGACAAAACACGUCCAAGUAUGUGAUCAUCGACACGCCGGGGCAGAUCGAGGUGUUCACCUGGUCGGCGUCAGGAACAAUCAUAACCGAGGCCUUGGCUUCCUCCUUCCCUUCGGUGGUUGUUUAUGUGAUGGACACCUCCCGCAGCACUAACCCCGUCACCUUCAUGUCCAACAUGCUCUACGCCUGCAGCAUCCUGUACAAGACAAAGCUGCCCUUCAUCGUCGUCAUGAACAAGACGGACAUCAUCGACCACAGCUUCGCAGUAGAGUGGAUGCAGGACUUCGAGGCUUUCCAGGACGCCUUAAAUCAAGAGACAUCCUACGUCAGUAACCUGACUCGCUCCAUGAGUUUAGUGCUGGAUGAGUUUUACAGUUCCCUCAAG